CUUGGUGGUGUCCUUAUACAAGGUAAACGGUAUGGUAUUAUAGAUGUUGUAGCUGCAUUAUGCAUGAGUAUUGGUCUCAUACUGUUUACAUUAGCGGAUGUCAAAGUAUCACCCAAUUUUGACCACAUAGGUGUUGUGUUGAUAUCGAUGGCUCUGUUUGCUGAUGCUGCUAUUGGAAAUGUACAAGAAAAGACAAUGAAACAAUAUAAUGCCACCAAUACUGAAGUGGUAUUUUAUUCAUAUUUUAUUGGAUUUAUUUAUAUUUUGUGUGGUCUACUUAUCCAUGGUAGUUUGUACAAUGCAUUCCAGUUUUUUGCACAGCAUCCAAUGAAGACCUAUGGUUAUGCUUUGAUAUUUUCUAUCACUGGAUAUCUUGGGAUAUCAUUUGUCUUAGCGCUUAUUAAAUUACUUGGUGCUCUUGUUGCUGUAACCGUGACCACAUGUCGUAAAGCAGUCACCAUUAUAUUAUCAUUUAUGUUUUUUACAAAACCAUUCACAGUACAGUAUAUAUGGUCAGGGCUGAUUGUAAUGUUUGGAAUAUUCCUUAAUGUUUACAGUAAAAAUAGAGUCACAAUGAAUAAUAUGGUUGCAAACUUUAUCAGGAAAAUACUUAUUAAUAUUCAAAUCAAAAGACAAAAAUAUUCUCAAACUACUUUUGAUGUGUAACAGAUCACAUAAUUUUGUAUUAUUGUAGUUUUUUCAUUAUGUUACUAUGUUAUUAGCC